AUGACUCCUCUCAUGAUUUUGGAUCAUGCACCAUCGCCGACACAGCCUUCAUCACUGAACGGAAACAUGAAGAAGAAAUUAUUUUCAAUGAUAUCUGUUCUGAUGAUGAUUCUACUGCUAACGAGUGGUUGCUAUUUUUAUUCUGAUACUAAUUUAUUUGUCAAAGCGGCUGGCAAACAAGACAGUACUUUCCGUGCCGAGAUGAUGAUGACAACUCCCUCAUUGAUGAAUACCUAUUCUACCAAAUCAAAUAAUUCAGAUUUAGCUACCCUCUGCGAUAAAUAUUUAAAUGCUACCAAUAACGGAACUAAACAUACCGAGUCAGAAGAGGGAGGUCCAUUAACUUGGUAUGAAUACAUAAUUUAUGCUUGUGCAAGCUUGUUCUUUGUUGGAGGAGCUGGUUUGAUGUCUGGCUUUACUCUUGGCCUCCUCUCCAUAGAUCCCAUGCAACUCGAUAUUUUGAGAAACACAGGCACAGAAUCAGAGAAGAAAUAUGCUUCAAGAUUGGCUCCUAUUUUAAAACAUCACCACUUGCUGUUGGUUACUCUUUUGUUGUGGAAUGCUUUGUGUUUUGAAUGCUUGCCCCUGUUUUUACACAAGAUUGUUCCUGAAUAUGUAGCCAUCAUUCUCGGAGUCACUUUUGUUCUAUUUUUUGGUGAGGUUAUUCCUCAAGCAGUAAUUUCAAGAUAUGGACUUUCAAUCGGUGGUACUUUGUUUUGGCUUGUUUGGCUUUUGAUUGUAAUUGUUUUUGUUAUUGCAUGGCCAAUAAGCAAAGUGUUAGACUGGAUGUUGGGGUCUGGUCAUGGUACAUUAUAUCAAAGAACAGAAUUGAAAGAACUUGUAAAUAUUCACUCUCAAACAUCUGAUCAAAGAUAUCACUUAACAGAACAUGAAGCCAAAAUUCUUGGUGGUGCUUUAGAUUUUUCCAAAACUUCAGUGAGACAAACCAUGACACCUAUUGAAAAAACAUACAUGUUAGAUAUUGAUAGCAAACUUGAUGUUGACACCAUGACAAAAAUUUGGCAAGAGGGUCACUCUCGUAUUCCAAUAUUCAAAGGAAACACCAACAACAUUGUAGGAAUGUUAUACGUUAAGGAUUUAAUUUUGAUAAAUCCUGAGGAAGCUUUGCCUAUUUCACAAGUUCUAACCUUUUAUGGUAGAGAAGUCCUGAAAGUCUUUCCUGAUACCUAUUGUGAUGAAAUUCUGAAAAUUUUCAAAACUGGUCGAACUCACAUUGCAAUCGUUCAUGAAGAAAAUACUGGAGAGAAUAGUUCUGAACAACCAUACACAAUUCUUGGUAUUGUGACUCUGGAAGAUGUGAUUGAAGAAAUCAUAAAGGACGAGAUUGCUGAUGAAAAUGACAUUGAUUACAGCAAAGAGAAUGUUAAUAGACCACACCACAUCUUUAAACUGGAAAUUCCUUCCAAAUUAACGUCAACUCAAGUUGCCACAAUUAGCUCUUAUUUGAGCAGAAGCUCUACCACAUUUAGAUUACUUCCUGAAGAGUAUUUGAAGAGAUUACUUCACAAAUGUGAGGUAGUCGAACUUAAACAACAUGGUGAUGAUAUGACGUUCUUAUUCGAAAAAGGAAAGAGCUGUGAUUUUGGAAUUUUAACGCUGCAUGGAAAGAUGGAGGUCAUGUUUGGUGAUGAUAAAUUUGUGACUGAAAUAAGACCUUGGACUCUCCUUGGUGAACGCGCAUUAACAAGAGAGAGCUUUGUUCCUGAUUUUGAUGCCAGAGCAGAAAAUACCACAUACCUUAAAAUCCUUAAAAAAGAUUAUAUUGAUUCCAUUUCUGAAGUUUUCGUGGAGGACGAAUCAUUUUUCCUUCCAAAGGACAUGGAAUGGUUGAGCCCUGUAUUGUCCAAGCUUGCCAAGAACACUAAAAUUGUUCCAAAGAACGAGGAAAUUACUUUUGCUGAAGAAGUUAAUUACGGUUCUUCCAAACCUAAAGGUUUUAAAUAUACACACUUAGAUGAAUAA